GUCUAGCUCCUGCCUGCUCCUCCCGGGUCCAGGGCGCUUCAGCAGGCGCUUCCCCCCUCCCUCCAGUGGCGGCUGCCUUCUGCCCUCUCCUGAUCCUCCCCUCUCACCCCAUCUUUGCCCUGGACUCUGCAAACAUGAGGGUCUUGGCCUGCCUCCUCGUGGCUCUGAUGGGGAUCCAGGCUGUUGAGCGGUUGCGGCUGGCCGAUGGCCCCCACGGGUGCGCGGGCCGGCUGGAAGUGUGGCACAGUGGGCGCUGGGGGACGGUGUGCGAUGACGGAUGGGACCUGCGGGACGCCGCAGUCGCCUGCCGGGAGCUGGGCUGCGGGGCGGCACUGGCCGCCCCCGGAGGUGCCUUCUUUGGGGAGGGUGCAGGUCCCGUGUGGCUGAGUGAGCUGGCCUGCCGGGGCGGCGAGGGGCAGCUGGGCCUGUGCCCCCACCGAGGGUGGAAGGCCCACGUCUGUUCCCAUGAAGAGGAUGCAGGCGUUGUCUGUGCAGGUCAGCGUGUGGCUAACUCGAGGGACAUGGACGGUUCACCUUCGUUCCUGGAUGGGGACCCCUGGCAGGGGCUGUCUGGGGAGCUGAGUCCCAGCUCUGAGGAGCCCCCUGUGACACACACCCCCCGCCCAGCUGGGACCCCCCAGAGCAGCUCCCGGAAGAAAAGCCCCCGGCCUCCCAAGCAGGCCAAGUCCACCAGAGCCCCUGCACUGAUGGCUGGAGCCCCACACCACGAGCGGCUGCGCCUGGCCUCGGGCCCCCACGGUUGUGCAGGUCGGCUGGAGGUGUGGCACGGUGGGCGCUGGGGGACGGUGUGUGACGACGGAUGGGACCUGCGUGACGCAGCUGUGGCCUGCCGGGAGCUGGGCUGCGGGGGGGCACUGGCUGCCCCAGGAGGGGCCCGAUUUGGCCCAGGCUCAGGGCCUGUGUGGAUGGAUGAUGUGGGGUGCGGAGGUGGAGAGCAGGCCCUGAGGGACUGUCCCCGGAGCCCUUGGGGUCGGAGCAACUGUGACCACAGCGAGGACGCAGGGCUGGUCUGCACAGGCCCGGCCCCCCGGCUGCGUCUGGCUGAUGGCCCCCAUGGGUGCGCUGGUCGCCUGGAGGUGUGGCACGGUGGACGCUGGGGGUCGGUGUGUGAUGACAGCUGGGACCUGCGGGACGCAGCGGUGGCCUGCGGGGAGCUGGGCUGCGGGGCCGCACUGGCCGCCCCUGGAGGGGCCUUCUUUGGGGAGGGGGCUGGACCCAUCCUCCUGGAUGAUCUUCGGUGUCGAGGAAAUGAGACGGCGCUGAGGUUCUGCCCAUCGAGGCCUUGGGGCCAGCACGACUGUCACCACCGGGAGGACGCCGGGGCAGUGUGUGAUGGUAUGCCUCUCGCGUAUGUCCCUUCCACGGCCCCCACAGCCGGCAGGAACAGCUCAAUGCCCAGGGAGGGAGCGUCCAGGCCCCCACCCCCGACGGCAGGCCAGGCCCAUCAGACAGCAAGCAAGUUGCCUCUGCCUGCCUCCCCGGCUGCCCCUUGGGAGCCUGGGCCAGAAGCUGGGUCCCCCCAACUGCGGCUGGUGGCCGGGCCCAGUAGGUGCUCAGGCCGGCUGGAGGUGUGGCAUGCUGGGCUCUGGGGAACAGUGUGUGAUGACAGCUGGGACCUGCGGGACUCUGCUGUGGUCUGCCGGGAGCUGGGCUGUGGGGGAGCUCGGCAGCCAGAUCCCUCUGUGGACCGUUUUGGCUGGGGUGCUGGUCCCAUCUGGCUGGAUGAUGUGGGGUGUGUGGGGACAGAAGCUUCACUCUCUGAUUGCCCUGCCGCUCCCUGGGGGAAGCACAACUGCGCUCACAAUGAGGAUGUUGGUGUCACCUGCACUGGGACCCCUGGCCUGGACUCCAUCUCAGACCCUUUCAGCUGGAGCUGGAUCCCUGGCCUAGGCAGAGACCCGGAUGUCUGGCUCCCUAGGGAGCUGGCCACCAAGCCCUCUGCAAGGCUGACCUCCAGUGUUCCCGAGAAAACCACCAAGGCCCCUGGGAAAAUGCCCAAAAGCACUAAGAAGUGGGUGACCAAGCAUGCAAAAAGGCCGACCACUCAGCCCCCUGUGAUGCCAACUGCUAAACGCUCCAGGGUCCCAGGCACCCAGGGUCCUCCAGAACUGACUUUGCAAACCACCACAGCCCUGAACACUGAAGUCCCCUACAGGCUGAGCUCACACACCACCGCAGUGCUGAUCCCCCGGGGCCCCCGGGUUUGGACCUCUAAGACUUUGGCAAUGCCAACCACUCAAAGCCCCCAACAGAUGACCUCUGAGGACACCGUCAAGCGAAUCCCUCUGGCCUCUGUGGAGCUAUCAGCCGAGAUCCCAGCAGAAGGUUCUCCAGAGUCAUCCAAAGACCCACUCCCCUCCCCCACAGGAGGUACCUCUGGGGGGUCAGGCCCGUUUCGAGUUCGUCUGGCCGAUGGACCCAACCGGUGUGCUGGCCGGUUGGAGGUGUGGCAUGCUGGACGCUGGGGGACAGUGUGCGAUGACAACUGGGAUCUGCGGGAUGGCACUGUAGCCUGCUGGGAGCUGGGCUGUGGACGGGUCCGGCCACGCGUGGGCAAAACCCACUAUGGCCCAGGGACUGGGCCCAUCUGGCUGGAUGACAUGGGUUGCAAGGGGACCGAGGCCUCCCUGAGCAACUGCCCUGCUGGGGCGUGGGGACAGCACAACUGCGGCCACGAGGAAGAUGUGGGAUUGACCUGCACUGGCCACGCAGAUGAGGAGGACUAUCCCUCCUGGACUUGGGACCCUACCUCUGGAGAGGACCUGGCCCAGGGAACCACCGCUGCAGGGGCAUCUGGACAAACUGUCUCCUGGGGCAGCACCCGGAGUCCUGGGGCCCCCUUCCCAGCAAUGAGGCACUCUCCGAGCCCAGGUGAUGAAGAUGGUUAUGAGGAUACACCUUCAGGAGGGGCCCUGGCCGAGGGGGCCCCCACUGCAGACAUACUUGGGCCCAGUCUUACCACUGGCACCACCAGGAGUGUGGGUCAUCCGUCUCCAGCUCCAAGGGUCCGUGGAGACACAGGUACUGGGAGGAAACCAGGGCACGAUCGCCGGCUGCUGCGGCCCACAGCGGCCAGGACGGUGCCCCCUUCCUCUUCCCCAGGCCCACCACUGACCUCCGACUCGGCGCCACUGCUCAUCCCCGAUACACCUUCAACGCAAGUGACCUCUCACCCUCCUGACACUUUACCAUCCAGCUCAAACCCAGCCUCCUGGAAGAACUCUGACCUCACUUUAACAACUCCUGGCCUUACUUCGUCCACCUCUGAUGCCACCGUGGUUCCAGCGCUGACCCCUGAGCUUUCACCCACCCCACCACCCACCUUGCCCAAAGAACUGACCUCUGACCCUUCUUCACCGGCAGUGGUGACCCGCCUUUCUCCUACCUCAGAGCUGACCCCAGAUUCUGACACAACCCCAGGCUGGGACACAACUCCAUACUCCAUUAUAGUCUCAGGACCUUCCAGAUCCCCAGACCUCUCCACAAGCCCUCACCCCACUACCACCCUUCCCUCCACCAUGACCUCUCACCCCACCACAACCCCUCGUUCCAUCACAACCCCUCACCCCACCAGGACCCCUCAUUCCAUCACAACCCCUCACCCCACCAGGACCCUUCAACCCCCCACCACUACUCACCCCACCAUGACUCCAGACUCAACUUCAACCCCUAUGAUUACUACCAAGUCCCUUCUAAUUUCCUUGGAAACAGAACUUCCCUUCCCCACUUCAGCCCCAACAGUGAAGCCCAGCCUGCCCUCCCGGUUUACAUUCAGGGAGGCCCCUCACCCCUUCACAUCCAAGAUGUCAAGCCCAGAUCUCUCUCCAGCCUCAGAGUCCAGCCCCUCCAGGCCCUCUCCAACCCCAAACAUGGACACAUCGUCCACUGAGGACUUCAAACCACCCAGAAAUCAGAGCCCCAAAGUAACCCCUUUACCUAUUGAGACCCCACACUCAGCGUCUGACCCCAUUUUGACUCCUGACCUCCACCUGUCCCCCAUGGCCCGCCCCUUGGAUCAACCUCCUCCUGACCACCGCACCCUCGGGCCAAACCCUGGUCAGGGCCUAGGCUCCCUAGGCCCAUGUGUGGCCUCAAUGCCACCUGUAAAGGUCAUGGCUUGCGAGCCGCCUGCCCUGGUAGAGCUGGUGGCCGCGGUGAGGGACAUGGGUAGCCAGCUGCAGAGGCUGACACAGGCCCUGGAGCGGGACCAGCAGGAGCGCCAAGCCGUGGAACUGAGGCUGACCCAGCUGGUGGAAGCCGCCCGGGGUCUGGGGCAACUGAGUGAGGUUAUGAAGAGACUGGCAGAGGUGGCUUGGCAUCCCAGCACACCUGCACCAACCACUACCACUCGGGAGGAAGAAGAGAGGCCUCUGAGAGGAGAUGUGUGACCUGGGACUCGAGGGGCUUAAGGCACUCCUAACCCAAAAAAAGGAAAACCAAAGUAUUGAAUUAAAUACAAGAUGUCGAUGACAUUUCUGGGGGACUAGAGGAACCCUGGAGAGAUGAAAUUACAAGACUGAUCUGUUUGUGAACACCACAGGCAGUGUGCAAGGCAGUGAG